AUGGCGCUGCGCGGCUGCCUGAGGGCCGGGCGGCUGCUGCGCGCCGCGGGGCCGCGGGGGCCGCCCGCCCGCGGGGGCUGCGCCGGGGGCCGGCCGCCGGCCUUCGGGUUCCUCUUCGACGUGGACGGGGUGCUGGUGCGGGGCAGCCAGGCGGUGCCCGCCGCCCGCCAGGCCUUCCGCAGGCUGGCGGACAGCAGCGGGCGGCUCCGGGUGCCCGUCGUCUUCCUGACCAACGCCGGCAACUGCCUCAGGUCGGCCAAGGCCCGAGAGCUCUCCCAGGCGCUGGGGCUGCAGGUGUCUCCGGAGCAGGUGAUCCUGUCCCACAGCCCCCUGCGGCUCUUCAGCCAGUUCCACCAGAAGUGCAUGCUGGUGGCCGGGCAGGGGCCCGUGGAGGAGAACGCCCUGAACCUGGGGUUCAAGCAUGUGGUCACUGUAGAGGCACUGAGGAAGGCAUAUCCCCUGUUAGACAUGGUGGAUCAGAGCCGGAGGCCAAAGGAGCUGCCUCCUCCAACCACUGGCUUCCCCACUAUCGAAGGGGUGAUUCUGUUUGGUGAGCCAGUGAGGUGGGAGACAAGCCUGCAACUUAUUAUUGAUGUACUCUUGAGCAAUGGGAACCCUGGGGCAGAGCUGCAAGACAUACCAUACCCCCAUCUGCCUGUCCUUGCCUGCAACAUGGAUCUCCUGUGGAUGGCUGAAGCCAAGAUGCCCAGGUUUGGCCAUGGCACUUUCCUUUUGUGCUUGGAGAACAUCUACAAGAAAGUGACAGGCCGGGAGCUGAAGUACGAGGCCUUGAUUGGCAAACCCAGCACAGUCACCUACCGCUAUGCCGAAUACUUGAUAAAACAGCAGGCAGAGAAACAGGGCUGGAAGUCUCCCAUCCAACGCCUCUAUGCAGUUGGGGAUAACCCUAUGUCCGAUAUCUAUGGGGCAAACCUCUACAACAACUACCUCAAGUCAGCUCACCAGAACCAGGUCCAGGCUGGGGUGAAGAGGAGCCCACAGCCAGCCAGUCCCCAAACUGAGGAUCACCUCGAGCUGAGGAGGGACUGCAACAAUUCAGUGGAGAGUUGCGAGUCGAUUCUGGUCUGCACUGGGGUCUACCGCCACAAUGCAGAUGUUCCCAGUAAAACGGAAGAGUGCAUGAUGGAGACAGUGUUCCAUGGCCAUCGGGACUUCUGCUUUGACCCCAGCCUGGUGGAGGCAUCUUACAUAGUGCAGGAUGUGAAUGAUGCUGUGCAGCUUGCUUUCAAGAAAGAGAACUGGAGCUAGGGUUAAGACAGGUGUGCCUGAAGAUCUACCAUCAGGGAUUUUAUGUACUGGGAAGGGAAGAGGGGAAGAACGGGGAGAGACUUGGGGUGAUAUUCUUAUCUAGCCAACGUGAAAGAAUACUCCCUGUCUUUGCACUAGAAGCCCCUUGCUUUUAUUGAUACUCACCUGCAAUCCUGACAGCUGCCAGCAGGCUUUCGACUGUGAACGUACAUUGCUGCCAUCUAUAAUUGAGCCAUAAUGGAAACAGGGUAUAAGGAGAAGGCUCGUCCCAGCAAUCCCAGUUUUGUUCAGCCAUCAGAGUUCGUUCUUUUCCACCCUUUGUGUGUGAAGAUCAAAGCCCACCCUCCUCCUCGCAAUGUGUUUGAGGGUGAAGCUCCUCCCUGUGCAAGGAGCCAUGAUCAGCCAGCGUGCCAUUUGUACAAUGUACUACUCGUCCAGUCUGUGACGCGAGCACACCAGAAGCUGUGUUGUGGUAGCACUGUGCCGGGGAAGGCUUUAAGUCUUAACAUUCUCCUUAUGAAGAAUAAGUGCCUAUGGACUUUAGCAAAUUCUGUUUGCUUGGGGAUUUGCCACUGCAUCACUGUCAGUCUGAAACAAAGUCCCAUUUUGCAGUCCUCUGGCAGCUAUGGAGAGGCAGGGCCCCUCAAAGGAAGCUGCAGUAGCCAGAGCAACUUGCUGCGGGGCCGAGGGGAAAGUUAUAUUAUUCCCUCCCCCCUAUUUAGCAUUCUGUGAACACUUCUGCCUUUUCGCAUCCCACUAGGGAGCCAGCAGCCUGCUCUCAAUAGCAGAGAAAACCACGACAGAGUCUGAAUUUCCAGAGUUGUCUUUGCCCAGAACUCAGUGCUGCAGCAAGAGGCUGUUUCAGCGCCCACCCUGAUCCCAACUGCUGCAAGGGACAUCCCCCUGCUCCAGCUGGCACAGCUUCCAAAGAGGGGCCCCUCUUUGGAACAAGGGCCACCCAGAAAAAGUCACAGCCCACCUUUGCUCUUUCCUUGCAUGCAAGGAUUGAAAGAGGAGAUCAUCAAGCCGGGAUGGUACCUGAGCCCCAAAUCCCCAAUCUUCAUCUUUAAGAGUACAAAUGUAUCCGUCCUUCACUUCCUUUUUUCCUGUCUUCCCUCAUGGGGUUUGCAGCUCAAGGAUACCCCAUAUGGUCUGAUCCCUGUUCCCUCCUCUUCCUUUAGCAUGCAGGUAGAGUCCCCCUAACAAGAAUUAGCAGCUGGGACUUGCCUGCCCAGGAACAUUUCCAUAUCCCUAAAUGACAUGUACCUUCUAUUGCCUCUGUUCUCCUAGUUCGGGCUAUCCAGAGAAAGAUCAAAAGACCUGUGUCUCCUUAGACAGUCCAAAGAAGCUAAGCAAGCAUUGCUUGAGAAACUCCAUGUAAAAGAUUGGCUCAGCAAGGAGUUUCUUAAUUCCAGAGGAGCACUGUGAUUUUAGAAGCAUAAAUCAGUCUGCGUAUGUGAUGGAAAGCCUUUGGAGCCAACACAACUGAGUUGGUGUUCCUACUUAUGCUCAGCUCACACCACACUGAGAGAUCAGAAAUAGGUCUGCUCUGCCUCCUCUUUCUUCCUUGCUGCUUUACCAGGCAGCUCCCUGCACAGGGUACAAACAAGAUGUUCUGCACAGAAAUUUGAGUUGUUCUUAAUUCAGAUCUCGGCAUCCAUGUAUACUGACACUCUGCUUCAGCAGCUCUCCAUCUUCUCGAUACUGAUGUCUCUUCCUAGGAAGGUCACACUGCAGAGCAGGCUCUGUUCUUAUGUUAUGCCAGGCUCUGCAUCUGAAAGGGACUGGGUGCUCUACCAGUGACCCAGGCAAAGAGCUCCUUCUCCGUGGCUUCUUUCUCUAUACCUUAUUUUCUUAAUAGGAGCAGAAAAGUACCUCUUCGGGUGAAUUUCCCUCCUGUGAAAUUCAUAGCGGAAUGCAGUCCCUUCCUUUCUCAGCACUAGCUGGGGUUCUUCUCCUUUGUCUUACCAGGGCAAGAAUCGCUUGGCUGCUUCUAAAAGCAGCUGUAAUGUGAGGAACACAAUCUUAGAGCUGAAUCUUUUUGCCUUUCACUGGAGAGAAAAAGAAAUUACCAUUUCAUCUACUUGCACAAGACAAGGGCUUGUCUCCAGUUUCCAGAAGAGUAAGUACAGGGAAGGACUUUCAUAUAACAUAGGGAAGAUCCUUUAGCUUUCAGUGCAUCUCCACAGUCACAAUUGUGCUGUGGACCCAGUGUGCGAGGCCUGAAACUGGAGGUCCAAAACCCGUUUAUUCAUAAACUAGCUCCAGUGUCCCUCAGCCUCACUUUUCAGAGGUGCCAUCCAGUGCAGAAAGAGGAAUGCUCCCUUUCCUUGCAGUGUUUGCUAACUUGGGUGAUAACUUUCAUACGAUUAAUUGGGAACGGUCUUCUAGGCCAUGAUUACAUAGAGCUCAGAAAGCUGGUUGCUGGCAAUAACUGCAAGCCACACCUUCAAUUUGAUAGGUACUUAUCUGCAGAAGUACUAAGGUCUGUCUAUCUGUGCGCGCAGUAACCUUUGGCAGAGCUCUUUCUUGUAAGGCUGUGGUGCCAGUUACUCAAAGACAAGGUGCUGCUGAACCAGUGUUCCCUGAGGGGUGUAGUGCUGCUGAAUCAGCUAUCCCAAACGGAGCCAGGUGCACUGGCUGCUGCUCCGAUGAUGGCGGUAGCUUUGUGGAUGGAACGCGCAGAAGAAUUUUGAGAAAUCACAAGCAGUUUGUAAUUUCCUAUCAGCAUGCACGGCACAUCUCAGCCAGAAGUGAGGUGGGUAGCAAGAUGAAGGAGGUAGCACCUCCUUCAAGAAAGGAAGAGCUUUGCAUUCGCACGGAGAGUGAGCCAGGCAUCUCUGUCUUUGGAAUAGCAGUGGAGAUGAGCUGACUGAUGUGAAUCUGCUUCGGAUUCCAAAUCUGCUUUUAGCUCCAGAUUUGUUUUUUCACCAUGUUAGUGUUGAAACAGAGCUCUGGGAGUCUUAAAAAUGCGUAGGAGGAACUUCAGUGAUAAGGCAUUUAAGAAAUGCUUUGCUUGCGAGUUGAAAUUGGACGGAAGGGAGGAGAAGGAAUCUAGAAGAAUCUUGUACCCUUUCUGCAAUUCUUACCAAGUAAGGUUGCGUAAGAGGCUCUGCUUGUUGAUCUGUGCACUAAUUAGUCAGAUGGGCUGUCCUUAGUCUGAGCAACACGGAGACCUUUCCCCUCUUCCUCUGCUCAGCUCCUUGAAACAGUGCACUUUGUCCAGGUCACUGCCUAGGAAUUGCAUGGACACAGUGGAUAGAGUAGGAAAUCUGGGUUCUCCAGCUGCUGUUGGAUACUGACUUGAUUAUGGAAGAUUUCUACAGACAAAAGUGCUUGUCAGGUCUCCUCUGUUCCAGGAGUUUUGUGCUAGAGUGCUGUGCAGGCUUCUAGCUUAUCUGCAGUUUAUUUAUGGACAUCUGUUACUGCUAGAAUUCAGUGAAAUCCUUUUUCCUUGGAAUUGCAGCUUCCUGGAAUUAGCUUCAAGCGUGGCCGGAACAAAACUUUUCCUUUGUCUCAUGUAUUGCACAGAAGUGGUAUUUCUGAAGCCGUAUUUCUCUCAUUUGGAGCAAGCAUACUUCUGUGCAGAUUAUGGGACCAAGCAGGAGAGGGGACUUCACUUGCUGAUCUAAUACCUUAAUAUUUCUAUGGUGCCCUGCCCUAUACAACAAACAUGGUGAAGAUCUGAUCCUAACAACUCCAUCUUCCACAGAUGGAUGAGUUUCAGUGAAGCCUAAAGGGAGUAUGCAGUGAGGUGAGGCAACUGAGAACAGCAGGGAGGAACCGGAGGAGGGAUAGACCUUGUUUUGGAUCUGAAGCAGAGAGCUUUUAUGUCAUGCAAUAACGUGGUGGUCAGAGAGGUCAGUUCCUUUAUUCCACAGGACACAUGCAACUACUAGCCUGGCGUUCAGGGAGUCAUAUAACACUACUGUCCCCUUUCUUCCAAUCUUAAUCCUGGUGUGUCUUUUUCCCUCCAAUAAGUGGGUAAUGUUUCAGAUUAUGUCAUGUGCACUGUAGCAGAGUGAUUACAUAUCAUACAGAGAAAUCACAAGCUGUGAUUAUUUUGGAUUUCAUAUUAAUUUCAACCCAGUUCCAGAGUUGCUCCUUUGAUCUAGCACAUAUAUAAAAUAAUAAAAUAUGUUUUCUUUGAAAUAAAAUUUAACUUGCUCUGUGUACAUUU